UCUCACUCCACCAGAUCUCUUCCCGAGUCACACCACCAGGGCGGUUGCGUGUGGAAGAAGCCGAACAUGUUUUAGGCAUCCCUUCUUUUUGCUGAUACUUUCCUCUCAUACACCCAGAUUUACUCGACUAGAGAGAGAGAAAAAGCGUGUAAGUCAGAGAGAAUCAAUGGAGAGCUCGUCGGAAAUGGCGGCAUUUCCAUUAUUGAUCGAGUCAAAUUACAGGGCAUGUACCAUUCCUUACAGAUUCCCUAACGAUAACCCUAAAAAACCUACUCCUACUGAAAUCGCUUGGAUCAACCUCUUUGCCAAUUCCAUCCCUUCUUUCAAAGAACGGGCUGAGAGUGAUGACACAGUUCCAGAUGCUAAAGUUAGAGCUGAGAAAUUUGCAGAAAGGUAUGGUGAAAUACUAGAAGAUUUGAAGAAAGAUCCAGAGAGUCAUGGUGGUCCACCUGAUUGCAUUCUACUUUGCAGGCUUCGAGAGCAAGUGCUUCGUGAAGUGGGAUUUAGAGAUAUAUUUAAGAAAGUUAAGGAUGAAGAGAAUGCAAAGGCCAUAACUUUAUUUCGUGAUGUGGUGGGCCUUAGUGAUGCUAUUGAAGAUCCAGGGAAACGAUUGGAGAAUCUGGUUAGAGGAAUAUUUGCUGGGAACAUAUUUGACCUUGGUUCUGCACAGCUUGCAGAGGUAUUCUCAAAGGAUGGGAUGUCCUUUUUGGCCAGCUGUCAGAACCUUCUACCUCGACCUUGGGUUAUUGAUGACCUUGAGACCUUCAAGUUGAAGUGGAACAAAAAGUUUUGGAAAAAGGCUGUGAUAUUUGUUGAUAAUUCUGGAGCAGAUAUUAUCUUGGGCAUUUUGCCAUUUGCUAGGGAACUACUACGUCGUGGCACACAGGUUGUGUUGGCAGCGAAUGAGUUGCCUUCCAUUAAUGAUGUUACAUAUUCAGAAUUGUUUGAAAUCAUAGCAAAGUUGAAGGAUGAAAGUGGAAAGCUCCUGGGUGUUGAUACCUCCAAGCUCUUGAUUGCUAAUUCUGGCAAUGAUUUACCGGUGAUCGAUCUUGCAAGUGUGUCACAAGAGCUUGGAUAUUUAGCCAGUGAUGCAGACCUAGUUAUCCUGGAAGGAAUGGGUCGUGGAAUAGAAACAAAUCUUUAUGCUCAAUUCAAGUGUGACUCUAUCAAGAUUGGAAUGGUCAAGCAUCCAGAAGUAGCUCAGUUUCUAGGAGGAAGGCUUUACGAUUGUGUUUUCAAGUACAAUGAAGUCUCCAGCUAAGGUAGAUUUUUGCACCAAAAGGACAUUUUAUUCUCACAUCCAAGCAUCCGCUGAUAUACAUCAGGUUUUGUUGAGUUCUGACUUGAUUUGAUUUGCCUGUAUAGCAUUAGCAUACUGUUGGUAAUUUCUUAAGUAAUUUGUGCUUCUGAGUAAUGCCAGAUGUCCUCUCCUGUUCAGUGCCAUUUUUGCUGCAUGGGUCAUAUUAAAGGUACCUGUGUAGUGGCUGCAUGUUUAUUGCUCAGACUGAGGGAACAAAACAGAAACUGUUCUGCAUUUUUUCACUUUCUUUUAUAGGAACUAAUAAUACUUAUAUAAGGAUCAAGAACAUGUCUGAAUAAUAAUGAUUUGAUUUUUCAUAAUUCUCAUAGAGAAUAUACAGCAUGUCUUUGUCAA